AUGGCUUCGAAAAGAAAACGUGUUGUGCUAUCGUUAACGGACAAACUGAAAAUUAUAGAGCAACUCGAUAAAGGUGUAACGGGUAAGAAGUUGUCUGAGAUUUAUGGUGUUGGAGAAGCAACAAUAUGUGACAUUAAAAACAGUAAGUCAACACUUUUAAACUUUGUUUGGGUGUUUGAAAAUGAAGAUGGAAGUUCCUCCAGGAAAACAAUGAAGACAGCAACCAACAAAAAUUUGGAAGAUGCCGUGUUUAAAUGGUUUUUGCAGCAACGUUCUAUGGGAAAUCCGAUUUCAGGUCCAAUCCUUUGUGAAAAAGCCAAAAUCUUAGCAGAAAAGCUUGGUUAUUCAUCUUUUAAGCUUUCAGCAGACUCUGCAGCUGCUGAAAAUUUUAUUGAAAAAUUUAAAACUGCAGCAGAAUCCUAUGAUCCGGAGUUUGUUUAUAAUGCUGAUGAAACUGGCCUUGUUUGGAAAGCAUUACCAAAAACCACUUUGGCUUCUAAAAGGGAAUCUAGUGCCCCUGGACAUAAGGUCAGUAAAGAACGUGUUACAGUGCUUAACUGUGCCAACUCCACUGGAAAUCAUAAACUACCACUUCUUUUGAUAGGAAAAUCAAAAAAUCCAAGAGCAUUUAAAAACGUAAAAAAACUUCCACUCUUCUACAAAAGUCAACCCAAGGCCUGGAUGACUGCAGCUUUGUUUACCGAAUGGUAUGAUGAAGUGUUUAUUCCUGAAGUGAAAAAGCACCAAAAAUCGGUGAGAAAAGAAGAACGCAAAACAGCUUACAUUGACGGAGAUGUUUGA